AUGGAAAGACAAAAAGGGAUUGUUAUGAAGAAAGGGCCAUGGACGGCUGAAGAAGAUGAGAUUCUGAUCAACUAUGUCAAUAAGUUUGGUCCAAGAGACUGGAGCUCCCUUCGAUCCAAAGGUCUUCUUCCCCGGACUGGAAAAUCCUGCCGGCUACGUUGGGUUAAUCGACUUCAACCCAACUUGAAGACAGGAUGCAAAUUUACAGCAGAUGAAGAGAGGGUGGUGAUUGAAUUACAGGCACAAUUUGGGAACAAAUGGGCGAAAAUCGCAACGUAUUUGGAGGGAAGGACAGAUAAUGAUGUGAAGAAUUUUUGGAGCACACGAAGGAAGAGAUUGGAAAAGAUUUUGCAAACCCCACCACAGAAAUCUCAGAAAAAUAAACAGAGGAGUUUAGAGUCUCAAAGACUCCAUGAAAUGCCUGUCUUAGAGGUUCCUAGCUCCAGCUCGUCUCAGCCGGAUGAACAAUCAUCGACCUGGAAAGAUCAUUUCAAGAAUGCUUUCCAAUUAGGAAACUCAGAGAUGCACAAGAUGGCGACGCUAUCAGUACAGUCAAAUAUGCUUACAAUGGAAAAUGAAAAUCAAAUAUUUGGAACUUCAACCAUACACAUGGUAGCACCCUUUGACCCUUUUUCUCAUUGCUGUUUCUCCCAAUUUGCUCAAUCCUCGCAAGAGAUCGGAAUGUUUCCCGACUGCCAUGGACUAGCACCAAACCACAUUCCGUGCAAUGUGCAAGACGUGUUCGAACCAGGUGAGACUUUGGAAACAAACAAUUCCCUGCAUUUCAUGAGCAAUUCAAUGCCUAAAGAACAAGAGAUCAAAGCAGAAAGUAGUUUAGAAGUUAAGAAUGGAAACCCUUACUAUACAACCCCAGAUGAUUGCUUUGAUGAUUUCACAGCUGAUUUAUUUGACUUCUUUGAUCGAUCUCCUCCUUCAUUGAACUAG